AUGGAUAGAGACAAGCAAAAUGAAGCAAACAACUCAAGCGUCUAUAAGGCAACAACAGUAUCACAGAAACCCAAACGUCCUGAUAGAAGUGAUUUAGGUCCAAAUUUUGUGGCACCUGAUGGAGGCUGGGGUUGGGUGGUGUGCAUUGCUGCCGGUUUAAGUAAUCUUUCCCUGUUCCCGCCGCAGCAUCAAUAUGGCCUCAUCUAUAGGCAACGCAUGGAAAAAUCCGGCUUUAAUGCCAAACAGAUAUCAACAAUUGUUAAUUCCGAAUUGGCAUUAUCUUCAUUGGUCGGUCUUGUCAAUGGUGCCAUGUUUCGACGGUUUACAUUUCGUCAGGUGGCAUUGAUGGGUAGCCUAUUGGCAUUCGUGGGAAUAUUUUGUUCGGCAUUUUGCGAAAAUUUCUUACAAUAUUUAUUAAGUUUUUCCACGAUUUAUGGUAUUGGUUUGGGCCUGUGCUGCCAAGCAAACGCCCUGGCCUUGAAUACAUAUUUCAAAAAUAAACGCCGAAAAGCUACUGGAUUUUCAUGGACCAUAACUGGCUUGGGUUCGGUGAUAUUUCCACAAAUCACCAUAAUUUUAUUUGCCCAUUAUGGUGUGCAGGGUGCAAUUUUGGUGUACUCGGGCAUAAUGUUAAAUGCCUUUAUGUGCUCCUUGACGCUGCAGCCAGUUUUGUGGCAUUCUCCCAAGUCCAAAGAAGAUCAAAUUUUAACAAAUGAUGACAGAGGAAAUUGCGAAGAAGAAGACGUUGUUUUUAAGUGUCAAUAUUGUCGGGAUCAGGAAAUUCUAGAAGAAAAGGAGUUGAAAUUCGAAAAGGCCGAAAGUCUGACGAUGGCUCAGGAAAAUAAUGAGGGGAGGGAAAGGAAAUCUUCAAGAAAAAAUUGUGAAAAUGAUGGCAACCAAAUGAAAGAAAAUCAGGACGGAACCUUGCCUACAAUUUCAAACCAAACCAAUAAUAAUUCCCAGUCCAUAAAAAUUGCCUCUACCAGUUGUACCUGUGCCGAAGAGAAACUUCUUCUAGAGAGAAGACCAGAGAAAUACACAUUCAAUAUCGAAGAGGAGGAAGGAAGCCGUAAGAAAUCCUCUUUUACCCAAAAAGUAAUAUUAUUUUUCGAUUUGGAUCUGCUGAAAGAUUUGACUUUCGUCAACUUGGCUUUGGGCAUGGCCAUAAUGAUGUUCGGUGAAAUCAACUUCUCAGUACUCACCCCAUUCAUAUUGAACAACUUCGGCUACACCGAUAAACAAAUAUCUGUUGCCAUGUCCUGCUUGGGUAUUAUGGAUAUUGCUGUAAGGUUUCUCUCCCCUUUUGUAUUGGAGAAAGUGAAACUAUCGAACAGUGUUCUCUUUGCCAUUGGUAUUAUCACCGUAUCGCUGGGACGUUGGAUUGUAACUCUCACCGAUUCAUAUCACAUCGUAUUGAUGGUCUUUAUUUUAAUUGGAUUCGGUAAGGGCUUUCGUAUAAUCUUCUCGCCAUUGAUAAUACCCAGUUAUGUUCCGCUGAAACGUCUCCCGGCAGCAUCGGGAUUACAAUUGAUAUUCAGUUCAAUAACAUCGUUUACAUUGGGUCCAUUGUUGGGCUUAAUUACCGAUAACUAUGGCUAUGCGAUCACCAUACAUUGUAUAAAUGCCCUGACCUGUUUGAUGUUAUUAUUCUGGUUAAUGGAGUAUUUGAUACGAAGGAGGAAAUCGACUUUAAACAAUAACAUAUCACUCGUUCAUUUGUACAUAUCAAUUAAAUUGUUCAAUGAACGGGAAGAUCUAGAUGAACAAUUGGAUCAAAAGAAAAUAGAUGAACGACCUCAGCAAAAGGAACUAAAUGAACGAAAGUAG